AUGGGGGUUGAUGGGGGGCGACUGCGAGUGCGGUGGAGCAUAUCUGAAAAGCUGGAGAAGGGGGCUGAGAGUGUGUCUGGGGGAGUGGGGGGCACUUACGGGUUUUCAGAGCUGGGGGCACAUCGCGCAGCCGAUGGGGUUAGAGGUCGAGCUCGACAACUGUCAAAUGUCAGCGGAACGGGUGUAUUGCUGAUGCUGCUGAACACCUCCGAGUCACUUUACAACCCCUCGGUCCACCUGACCCAGACCGAACUCAUGGAAAAAUUCAACUUGGCGUUCUACGAAAGCCAAAACCUCACCAAGAACGACCACACGAACUUCAGCGAGCCGGAAAUCCGAGACGAUUACCUGAUCGAGUACCUAAUUUCGAACAACGAGCCGUCUGACGGCGAUUUCGACUUCAACGACUUCGUGAGGACGUUCGACGAGAACUUGUGCCAGUCGGACGCGAGUACGGGUAGUACUAGAGGGUUGUCGGAGAUUUUGGAGUCGCCGCUGGAUAAUCUAGAUCUGGAAGAUAUUGAUUUGUGCGAUGGUCUUUCUAAUGAGUCGCUGGACUUGGAUAACCUCGCCAGCGAGUUGCAAGAUCUGGAUGAGCAGAGGUACGCCUUGCCACCUAUUAGUACCAUCGGACGGACUGGGGUUGAUUUCACCACGUACUUGAGGUCGGUACCGGAGGAUAGUCUGGGGUACUUCGAGCAAGAAAGCAGGAGUGAGUUCGGACACUUGAUAGGGACGCGGUGUUUGAACAACAACAAGGAAGACAUCCAGGAGUACCAACUGUCGGACAACCAAGUGGUUCUUUCGCGGAAUGAGGCCCUCAUGGACUUGAACGACGACCCUCUUCUGAGUUCGUCGAGCUUGAUGUACCGGCGGAAGAACCCGUCGGAGUCGGAGUCGAGUACAGGGGACGAAGAAGUGUCUUCGUCUUCGGUACUGCAAUGUCAGUGGGAACACUGUUACCAGAUUUACGACAGUCAGAGCGCUUUGGUCAAGCACAUUGAGAAGUGUCACGUGGAGGUGAAAAGGGGCGAAGAAUUCACGUGUUUCUGGGCGAACUGUCCCCGGAAAGUCAAACCUUUCAACGCAAGGUACAAGCUUUUGAUCCACAUGAGGGUCCACAGCGGCGAGAAACCCAACAAAUGCCCAUUCGACGGCUGUAAUAAAGCGUUUUCCCGUCUGGAGAACCUGAAGAUCCACCAGAGGAGCCACACUGGUGAGCGACCCUACCUGUGUCAGUUCCCCACUUGCACCAAGAGCUUCUCCAACAGCUCGGACCGGGCCAAACAUCAAAGAACCCACUUCGACACGAAACCAUACGCGUGUCAAGUGGUCGGCUGCACAAAAAAGUACACAGACCCGAGCAGUCUGAGGAAGCACGUCAAGAACCACAGCAACGAGGAGCAAAUGCUGAUCAAGAAGAAGAGCCACGACGAGGGGUUGAGUUCUGCGUAUGUGAGGAAGUUUUUUGACCCGAACAGGCAGAAGGCGGUGAAGAGCGAGAAGAGGGAGUUUUACGGGAACGUGGAGCACAAUUAUUCGAAUUAUGGGGAGGAGAGGAAGUACGAUUCGUCGGGGAUCAGGCAGGAUCUGAAGAACAAGAUCUCCGAGAAGAACAGGUUGAGGAGUACGUACUGA